AUGUUGAAUAGAAUUAAAGAGGUCGUGGUGAUUGCAAACAAUCCAGCCACAGAUGCACUCACGAAGAAACAGGCGCUCGAUUACUUGGAGUCCUUGAAGAACGAUGCAGGGUCUGUAGAGGUCCUGGCAUCCUUGCUUGUCGACAACAGUUUGGACGAUCUGACACUGUUCGUGAUCUUGCAACUGAUCGGCGAUAUGAUCGGCACUACUAUAACAAAUGUAAACAAUAUGAACGAAAUUGUACUCAUUAAGGGCUCUGUGAUCAGUUUGCUUCGAAGAAUUAUCGAGAACAACCUGGCAAACCCAGAAUAUAUCAGGAAUAAAAUUUCCGAACUAGUAACAAAAAUUUUCUAUUUCACUUACGGUGACGUGAAUAAUAACGUUUGGUCAUCAUUUUUCAACGAUAUCAUUCCAAUUCUGUGCAUCGAUGCAUUGUUAACGAGCAAUAUAGAGACGAUUAUGAACAAUCAAGUUUCUUUCAGUGAAGUAGGCUACGAUUUUUUCACUAGAAUUUGCAUUUCAAUUAAUUCGGAAAUCGCAGACCAGACUUUCCUUAGAUCAAAGGAAGUACAAGUCAUAAACAACCAUUUGAAGGAUUAUAUGAGAAUCACGGAUGUCAAUACAAUGACCUUGAUAUGGUACAACGGUUUACUCCAUUUCAAAAAUAAAAUUGCUUUGGAAGGCCAGCAUGUGAAGACAAAUGCAUCGAAAUUAGCUAAUUUAACUUUGGCUUGUAUCGGUAACUAUAUAUCAUGGAUCAACGUUACUUUAAUUGUGAAUCAAAAUUAUAUCGACGUGAUUUACAGUUUCAUGGAUUAUAAUACUACAAAAAUUGCAUGUUCUCAAUGUUUAAUCGAGAUUAUCUCAAAAAAAAUGAAACCUUUGGAGAAAUUACAGUUGUUGAAUAUGUUGAACUUAACAGAAAAAUUAAUUACAAACAAAGAGAAAAAUUUCACCGAUAAUGAAGAUUUGGAAAUAAUUGAACAGUUAGCAAAAUUAACGUCUUGUGUGGGUCUCGAGUACUCAAUAAUAUUGGAACAAUGUAACGAAAAUAACAGUAAUAAUAAUAAUAAUAGCAGCAGUAAUAAUAGUAAUAACAAUAAUGGAUUGAGUACAACAGAUGCUGACCAAAAUUUAGACCAAAUUGCUGUUACUGCAGAUCAGCAAAUCUUAACAGAAGUGGCUCCGUUAGUAUUAAAAUUCUUCAUACAUGAAUAUGAUUCUGUGACAGAACAAUGCUUUGAUUUCAUUUCUCAAUAUUUGAAUUUUUUGAAAAAAAUAUUUGCUAUUGGUGGUAAACCAGGCACUGCAAUCUCUAUAAACUCUAAGAAACAACCAUUGGAUCAAGAACAUUCUAGCUUCUUGGUAUCUUUAAUUAAUGGUAUCUUUAAAAAAAUGAAAAUUGAUAGUGAUACAGUCGACGUCGAUGACGACUCGAUUCAAGAAUUUAAUGAUACAAUUAGGUCCAAACUAAAGAACUUUCAAGACGUUAUAGCGAUAAUCAACCCAAAUUUAUAUUUAGAACAAAUUUCUAACAAUAUCACUGCAUGUCUAUCGGCUAAGUACUGGCCAGAUAUGGAAUUAGCAAUUUUCCAAAUGCAUAAUUUGAGUGAAUCUAUCCGUAAUAAUCUAUUCGGUUUAAAUAAAUCUGAUAUAUCCACCUCACCAGCUACUGCUGUGAUGGGUAAAUUUUUGCAUAUCUUAUUAACGAGUUCAAAUUUAUUUUCAAUAGAUAAUCGAUACGUUCAGAUACUAUUUUUUGAGUUGGUUGUCAGACAUUACACAUUUUUGACCCCAGAGAUUAGGGAUGAAUUAUCUCUACUUAACAUAUUCUGUAGUGAAUUUGGUAUGUUCAAUAGAGUGGAGAAAGUAAGGGUUAGAGUAUGGUACUUAUUUACCAGGUUUAUUAAAACAACCAAACCUAAAUUAUCGACAGUGGUGUUGACUCAGAUUGUAAGCAAAAUUUCACCUCUUUUGGUCAUCGAACCUGUACAAUUAAAUGCAAAUGGCUCUGAAGAUCUAAAUAAUGUUACCUUUGACAACCAAUUGUAUAUAUUUGAAGGGGUUGGUCUACUAAUUGGUGCAAAUUCCGAUUACAACUACGAUAUUCUAGACCAAGUUUUGACUCCAUUAUUUACUGAGUUAGAAAAAUGUAUUUCAACUCAAUCACAGACACUAAAUCAACAAAACCAACAUGUGAUAUUACAAUCACAUCAUAUAUUGAUGGCAGUCGGUACUAUUGCUAGAGGUACUCACAUUGGUUUAGUGCCAGAAAAUCAAGUGAACAAUGCAUUAGUUAAUGAAAAAUAUAUUCACAAAUCAUUAAUUGAAAAGUUUUCCAACAUUGCAGAAGUGGUACUUGUAACAUUUUCCUAUUUUAAUAAGCAUGAGACCAUUCGAGAUGCAUCUAGAUUUACCUUUGCAAGAUUGAUUCCAAUCUUAAAUAAUGGCAUUGUAUCUUAUGCAAACAAACUUAUAUAUUUAUUCUUGGAGUCUGAGCUAAAAGUGAUCGAAUUGAAUGAUUUUUUAGGAUUCCUUGGUCAAAUGUUGCAUACUUUUCAUCAAGACGAAAGCUUCUAUAAAUUAUUUGACGAGUUAUUGACCAUUAUUAUUGAAAAAAUUCAUAUCCUAUUAGAUCAACUUGAUACUGAAAAUAAUGAUGGUUAUAAUUUAACUUCAGCAUCCAACUCAGGUGCCAAGGAUAGCAAUAUGAGCGGUAAGACUGUUGUUGUGACGGAUUCUUUCAGGGAUAGAAUCCUAUUGAAAAAAGCAUAUUAUACUUUUUUACAAACUUUAGUUACUAAUAAUGUUACAUCACUAUUACUAACACAAAGAAAUAGAAGUGUUUUACCGACAAUUUUGACAGAUCUAUUAGAGUACAGUCCUCAAGAAAUUCAAGAAACUUAUAUUAUGAAGUUAGCGUUAAGUGUUAUACAUAACUUUAUAAAAUGUUUUGGCUCUGGUGCUUGUACAGAUAAUUUAGAUCGCCAUGCAAACGAAGUUGGGAAAUUAGACGGUUUAAACGAGUUUUUCAUCACUAAAACCAUCCCACUUAUGUUUGAGAUUCCAUUUAAACCUGAAUACAAGUUUGAUAUAAAAGAUGGUAGCUGUAGAGUAAUGGCAUGUGAUAUAUCAAGAAUUUUGAAAGAACUAUGUAUACAAAGUGGUGGGCAAGAUAUAACUUCAAAUCCUGCAUUAAAAUAUUUAACUGAAAUUUAUUUCCCACAAAUUCAAUUACCGUCUGAAAUUUCAUUAGAACUUAUUCAAGCAUUGGUGAAUCAAGAUAUGAAACCAUUUGAAAAAUAUUUUGUUAGUCUAAUUACCAGAUUAACUACAUGA